AUGCUGAACAACGCCUGGGGGAAACCUGAUGCUGCGACAUCGGAGAUCCAGGAUUUUAAGAAGGAUGUCAGCGCAUCCUCUUCCCUUGCUACAGCCUCAUCUGAACUUGAGAACCUGCGCUCCUCGUACCAAGAUUUGGAAACGAAACUAAAGGAGGCGGAACUAAAGAGGGAGCAGGCCGAGAAGCAGCUGGCGGAGAAAAACUCCGAACACAUCAGGGAAAAGGGCGAGAUGUUGCUGAAGAAAAAUGCUGACAGCGAGACCAUCAAGAGGCAGCAAAAAGAGCUCAAUGGACUCCGGAAAUAUAUGGAGACCGCGGAGCAUCACUGGGACUUGCUCAACGAGAACAUUUUGGAGCCACUUGGUUAUCCGGAGCAGCGCCGGAAUUUGUUCCCCCGGGAUGAUCUUCUUCAACUCGCAGGCGAUGAUUGCAAAGAUCUCAUCUCCGCCUCCCGCAAGAUAUGCUACAACUUAUCCAUCAAGAGGAGUCGCACAUGCAACGUUCGCAAGCUUGUUGGGAAGAUGGAUGUUCUGCCGGAGCUGGUGACGGAUCAGCAAGCAUCAUCAGCCCGAGGCGCAGCUGCAAUGGCCUUGACCAUGUGCCUAGCACAUAAUCCGGGUCUUGAUCUUGAUCAAGUGACCACGGGCGUUCCUCCGGAUGCGGAUGUCAGCGCGCUGCUGGAUGCAGUGAACGGCUACGACACCCGUAUCGCACGCAGGAUCCGGCAUGAUGAAUUCUACAACAAGGUCGUUCUUCCCGCCGACGAGCCCUUGGAAGAGGAACUUCAGAAGGAGCUCGCCGCGAAGGCGCGACCUGCGGAAUCCGGAACCUAAUACACCUGGACCAGCUCCAAGGACGCUCCCCAAGAGGAACCCAAGACCAGCGCUGCUGCUUCUGAAGAAGGAGAAAGUGAUGAAGACGUGUCUUCUCCGGCCGAAGACCCCGAGAAGAAAGACUCAGAGGGCAAGACUUCUCCGGCCAAGGGGGAGUGAAAACUUUUAUUCCUGCGGGAGAAACAAUGCAUCAUUUUGGCCCCAGCGAGGGUUUGUAAUAUAACUUUAAAUUCUUAAGUAUCUAGGGACGAAACAAUUAUGCAUGGGCGGAAAACUUAUCCUGCUAUCCUUUUGAAUUAUUUGCAUGUUUCGUUUUAUGUCGGAAAGCAAGUGCUGACUUCAUUGUUUUCCGGCUUACUCGCUUGACCUUCCGCGAGCCGGAAAACCUUAGCCGGAAAUGCUCGCCAGCGGCGACGAAGCCCAAUGGCAGU